UAUAAAAAUGCCAAAACCCCAACCUCUUCCUCUUGUAACACUUUCCUUCAUCUGAAAGCCCAUCCAUCCGUCCAUCCAUAGGCCAUGGCUACGACAUCCCCACCAUUUGUAGCUACCCUCAAAGAAACACCCACAUGGGCUGUUGCCACUGUUUGUUGCAUCUUGAUCACGCUCUCCACCCUUCUGGAACGUUCCAUCGACCUCCUAACCAGGUUUUUGGAAAGAAGGCGGAGGAAGUCACUCCAACAUGCUCUCAACAAAGUUAAGGAUGAGCUGAUUCUCUUGGGUUUCAUAUCUCUAUUUCUAACGAUUGCACAACAGCCCAUCUCAAGGAUCUGUAUUUCAAGAAGUGUCGGAGAGACCUUCCUUCCAUGCGAAGGCCCGCUUCCGACCGAUGUUGUGGAGGAGCCCAAAUGCAAAAUGCAGGGAAAGCUCUCUCUCAUGUCUAGAAACGGAAUCAAUCAGCUUCACAUUUUAAUCUUUGUGAUGGGCCUUUUUCAUGUUCUCUCAUGCGUUCUCACACUGGGCCUUGGGAUGGCUAAGAUGAAGAAAUGGGAAUCUUGGGAAGAAGAGACUAAAACUCUGGAAUAUGAAUUCUCAAAUGAUCCGAGGCGAUUCAGGUUCACCAGCCAAACGUCAUUUGGAAGGCGACAUUUGAAGUUCUGGAGCGACCGACCUCUCCUUCUUUGGCCUGUUUCUUUCCUUCGACUCUUCGUGGGUUCUGUCUCUAGAACCGAUUAUCUCACUCUACGCAAUGGGUUCAUAGCGGCCCAUCUUUCACAAGGUAGCAAGUUCGACUUCCAAAAGUUUCUUAGGAGAGCUUUGGAUAAAGAUUUCGCCGUGGUCGUUGGAAUCAGUCUUUGGAUCUGGAUCUUCUCAACAUUUUUCCUAUUCUUCAAUGCCCACAAAUUUUAUAACUACUUAUGGCUGCCGUUUAUUCCUUUGGUGAUGGUUUUAACGGUAGGGACCAAAUUGCAAGUAAUUAUAACGAAGAUGUGUUUAGUGAGUCGCAACGAAUCGGUUGUGGUUCGUGGAAUAUUGCUUGUGAAGCCCAGUGACCAUUUUUUCUGGUUUGGUCGGCCCCACCUCCUCCUCCAUAUCAUCCAUCUUAUCCUUUUCCAGAACUCUUUUCAACUGGCAUUCUUCAUAUGGACGUGGAGUAAGUUCGGACUGCGGUCAUGCUUCCAUAGGGAAACUGAAGACAUCGUAAUAAGAAUCGCUAUGAGUGUAUUGGUACAGCUCCUCAUUGGCUAUGUAAUCUUACCACUAUAUGGGCUAGUCACACAGAUGGGAUCGACGAUGAACAAGAUGGUAUUCACAGAACGUGUCUCGAUGGGUCUAAAGAACUGGCAUGCCUUGGCAAAACGAAAAUUGGGCACGGAUAGACCUAGUCUGACCGGUUCGCCGCGACCAGUGGGACAAUCACCUUCUCAGGCAACGGAGACUUUAUCGACUAAUACACAUGAGUUGGAACGUACAGAUACGGAACAUCCAGAGACGGUUGUUGGAUCCAUGGCUAUUGAAAUAAUGGAAGUAGAGAGUACCAAGCCUAGUAGCAGCACGAAAGGUGGUGGUGGAGAGAUUUCUUUUAGGUGGUGAAAUUGGCUGAGGUUGAGCUUCCGUUCAUGUUGGGAGGCUGAGAAA